ACUGACGUGUUGUGACAAGAACAUGGCUGCGUGAAUUUUGUCAAAAAUAGUUAUUAGUGUAAAAAAUUAACAAUAAUAUACUGUUGUUUAGUGUAAGUGGUAAAUUUGGUGAAGUGUGGUCCAUGAUAGUUUUUAUUAUAUAAACUUGAGCCAGAAUGGCGUACACUUGCCCCAGGGACCUAGAUGGGUUUAUGCCUCAUUUGUCGAAGGCGGACACCCGCUUCCGCCAGCAAGUAGGGGCAGACCUUCUGACGUUCUUGGCUGAGCCAUCCAACCCCAUCGUUUGUCAGGAUAUCGGACAGUUCAUUGACGGGCUCUUACCGUGGAUACAGAGCAGUAAUUAUAAGGUUUCGAGCAACGGAAUUGAGGUUUUGACAUACCUCAUAGAUAGACUGGGAACCGACUUCAAGCCAUAUCUACCUACAGUAUUACCAAACAUUAUAGACAGACUGGGAGAUGCCAAAGACACCGUCAGGGAGAAAUCACAACUGCUCAUAUUGAAAUUACUGGAACGGAACGUCCUUACACCACAAGUCCUUAUAGAAAAACUCCAGCCAGGUUUCACACAUAAAAAUGCUAAGAUUAGGGAGGAAGUGUUGAGGUGCCUAGUGAAUACUUUGAACGAGCAUGGAGCACAAUCAUUAACGAUAAGCAGAUUUAUUCCAGACAUUGUGAAUUUACUUUCAGAUCCCACUGCCACUGUAAGGGAUACGGCAGUUAAUACUUUAGUGGACCUCUAUAAGCACGUCGGUGAUAAAUUACGAAUAGACUUGCAAAGACGUAAUCUCGUGCCGCAAGCAAAGUGGUCUGCUCUUGCAGCAAGGUUUGACGAAGCGAAGAACAGGGGAGAAUUGUUGCUUACUGCUUCAAAAAGUCUUGAUUUAUCAGAUGAAGUAGACAAAGCUGUGAUGGCAAAACCUUUAGUUCCGGUGAAAAAACCCAGUUUGGGAAGCGCUAUAAAACAGAGAGGCAUCGCCACUCCCAGCAGUGCCACUACUGUUUUAAGCCGAGUGGGGUCCAUAAGAAAGAUCUCCAUUCCUUCAUCCGGAGCAGUUGACGAAGAAUCCUUCAUUAAAUUGUUUGAAGAUUGUCCAAAUAUACAAAUUUUUUCCGCACGAGAAAUCACAGAACAUUUAAAAAAUAUACAAGACAUUAUUUCCGAUUCUAACAAAGAAUGGAAUAAAAGAGUAGAUGCGUUAAAGAAAAUACGUUCGUUGGCCAUAGGAGGAGCAGUCAAUUUUGAGGAAUUCUAUGUUGGAUUAAGGAAUUUAGAAAUACCGUUGCAAGGGACUAUUAAAGAUUUAAGGUCCCAGGUUGUCAGAGAAGCAUGUGUGACGAUAUCUUACUUAUCCCAAAUACUUGGAAAUAAAUUCGAUAAAACAGCUGAAUUAUUAUUACAACCUCUUAUUAAUUUAAUUCAAAAUUCUGCUAAGGUGAUGGCUACCUCAGGUUUAAUAACUGUGAAAUUUAUCAUACAAAACACACAUAGCCCCAGAUUAAUACCCGUAAUUACAAAUAAUGCCCAAAAAUCGAAAAGUAAAGACAUUAGAAGAGCUUGUUGCGAGUUCUUGGAGAUAAUGCUAACACAUUGGCCUACCCACCCUCUAGAAAAGCACAUUGCUGCAUUGCAGGAGGCAGUUAAAAAGGGAAUCGCAGAUGCAGAUCCUGAAGCGAGGGUUAGUUCAAGAAAGGCAUUCCGUGGUUUUCGAGACCAUUUUCCCGAACAAGCCGAAGCCUUACUGCAGUCCUUAGAGCCGAGCUAUCGAAGAGCUCUUCAAGGGGAUGGCAUGUCUGCCAGUUCAUCAAAUAACAAUAUAGCUAGUGGAUUUAAAACCCCAAGACAAUAUGGAAGAACCACGACAGGCAGUACUGAAAAUUUAUCUGCUACUAGUAGUGGCUUACAUAGGGCACCUUCACUACCAAGGAGCUACAGGCAACGCAGUGGUAUUCCUGUACUUACCAAAGAUAAUUCAACGAGAAAGGGAUUUAGAAGCAAUUCAGCCAUCGACUUACAAGCAGCUCAAAGGGCCAAGGCAAGGGCUCAGUAUUCCGCGCUGGCAAGAACUAAGAUUCAGUCUGGCACCGCAAGCCUUCAGGGAGAGGUUGCUCAGCAAGCUCGACCAAGGAAAUCUCCAGAUACAGCCGUUACUGCUUCUCCGGAAAGAAUUGGCAGAACAAGAAACAGAAAUUCACAAUCUCAGCCCACAAGUAGAUCUGGAUCUCCCAGUUCUCGCCUAGCUUACAUAUAUCAAAGGGCAGCCGAUCACGAAUCUCCCAGACCAAGGAGAUUAUCUUCAGGUAUACCAAGGUCUACUCAAGGAUCUCGGGACACUUCUAGGGAAACUAGUCCUAGUAGGGGAUCUAGUCUUAGUAGGUUUAGGAGAGGCAGCGAUAGACCACCAUUGAGCCCUGCGUCACGUCCAGUUUUGGCACAAAAAAUAUUGCAACAGAGUCGGGAAGCCGAGAAUGCUCUAGCGGAUGCCUUUAAUGAUUCUACAGAACACUUCAGAAGUCCUAGGAAGGGAAUGAGGUCUUUGGACAACCACUCGGAUGAAUCGGAAACUUCAAGUGUAUGUUCUGAACGUUCUUAUGAUUCAUUCAAGAGGCCUAGUGAUUCAUACUCAUGGAGUGGGUCGCAGCAAAGAUUAUCGAGCAGGGACAUGUGGGAACCGUCCCGAGAUAUUAAUGAAAUCAUAGCAUUAUGUGCAAGCACUAAUUGGCAGGAAAGAAAAGACGGUCUGCUUUCGCUUCAGUACUAUCUCAGCAAUGAAAUUAAAUUAACACCAGGAGAAUUGAAGCAUCUUACCGAGAUAUUUACAAGAAUGUUCAUGGACUCGCACACAAAAGGCUUGAGUGUAUUCCUAGACACCCUCCAUGAAGUAAUCAAAAUGCACAAACACGAACUGCAUUUCUGGAUUUACGUGUUACUUCAGAGAGUAUUCUUGAAAAUAGGUACUGAAACUCUGAACUCGAUCCAAAGCAAAUUGAUGACGACUUUAGAUAUUACAAAAAAUAGUUUUCCUAUAAACUUGCUCAUCUCGAACGUCUAUAGGUUUUUUAUAGAUGCCACUCAAACACCAAAUGCCCGAGUAAAGACUGUAGUUCUCACUUUCUUAACGUCAUUGUGUAACAAUGCCGAUGCAGUCCAAUAUGUGUCGCAACCUCCUGCCAGUCAGGCGCUACAGAAAAUCAUUACUUAUGCUCAAGACACUAAGUCCGUGGAAAUUAGAAAUGCUGCAAAAAUGUGUAUAGUUGCCAUGUGGAAUUGUAAUACUCCUCAAGUCACAAUGAUGUUAGCCGAGUUGCCAAAAGAACAGCAGGAUAUCGCUUCGAAUGUUGUUCAUAGUCAUAUGAGGAAGAGUUCUACUGGAAGUGAGCCUGGAAGUCCUUUGGUUAUGGGAAGUCCAAAACCACUCUCCCCUGGAGCUUCACCUCUUCGUGAUGGACUCGAUCAAGAAGAAAUUUAUAGAAGUUUGAGGAAAACUACUGCGGAAAUUCAGAACUAUAGCUUCGAAACUUUAGGAUCUAAGUUAGAUAGAGAUAGAGAUACAACAUCUCAAGAUUCUGGCAUAUCCCAAAUGUCAAUAGGCAAUGAUAUAAAAAAUGAUAUUGGCAUUUUGGAAGAAAGGAUGGAAGAUCUAACGAUAAAAACGCAAUUUAAUAUUAGAUCUGGCACGAGAUCAUUGCCUUACACUACUGUAAAUGGUAUUACUGAGACUGAUUCAAAUGGUUGUAGAAGUUUAGGAGAAAUAAAAGACUCGGAACAUAUAAUUGCAAGUAUAAUAGACAACUGUGUAACGGAUGUUCCAACACCAAAGGAGGAGAAGAGGAGGUUACUCGGCCUGUUAAUAGACCUGAUAAAGUCUGGAAACACUGAACACAUUAAACAGAACUUCAAAAAAAUCCUUCGUAUUCUAAUUGAUAAUCUGAAUGAAUCCGAUACACCUACUCAAGUCACGGUUCUGCAAAUUCUUACAUCGAUUCUUCAGAGCCCAGACCUAAAGCAAUGCUGGUGUAAUUUUGUCGAAUUAUUAACUCUACGAGUAUUAAAGGCCCACUGUGAUGAAAAGAGAGAGGUUGUUAAAGAAGCAGAAGCUACAGCUGCAGCGAUGAGCGUUUGCCCGUUUAAUACGAUCGUAAGUAUCCUAGCACCUUUAAUUCGGACUAACCCGUAUCCAUCAAUCCUUGGAGCAAUUAAAAUGUUGACGAAAAUGAUAGAGACCAAUCCAACGGAAGUUUCUGAUGAACAUCUGAUUCAAAUAAUGCCCGGAUUGAUAAAGGGUACAGAUCACCAUGAGAGUCCCGUACGAAAGAGUUCCAUAUUUUGCAUGGUAGCAUUAUAUAAGGCUGUGGGUGAAGAAAGACUUUCUACUUAUAUUAACCACCUCUCUGGAAGUAAAGUUAAGUUAUUAAGGUUGUAUAUUAGUAGGUCAGAACAAAAUACGUCAGUACCGACAAGUCCAAAAAAUAACAUUAGCUAGUCCUCGAUGAAAAAUAAGUAAAUAAUCUUCCAACUACAGAAUAUUCUGUACCAUAAUAUCACUAAUAUCAAAUAUAUUUUGAUUUUGUUUUUUUUUUGAGUAUUCUGAAUUUAAUGCUAUUUUGAUAUAAUUUUGCUUGUAAUAACUAAUUAACUGUAAUUUUAAGUUUUUACUGAUAGGAAUACUUAACACUUAUUACUAGCUUUGAUUUUACAUUUUAUAAUGUUAUAGUUAUAAGAUUACGAUAAAAAUGUUUCUUCUUGUUAUUCAUCACAUUUUUAAUUCUUACGAUAUUAACUAAUUUAUUAUAUUUAACAUUUUAUUGUUUUUUAUUAUUACUUAUUGAAUUCUGUAUAUAAUUUAUGUAAUACUUAUUGCAUUUUCUACUAAAUUUUACACCAUUUUAAAGCUCUUAUUACUUUGUGCCAUUUCAUAUGGAAAAAAAUGAUCAGCAAAUGGAAAGGAUACAAAAACUUUUAUUAAACACUGAAUUUGUCAAGAGUUUAAUUGGUAUUUUAAUUUUUUUAAUUGUAACAAUAAAUUUAUUGUCUGCGUAAAGUAUGUUAAUUCUCAGUUAUAUAUUUUUUCCAUAUUUUUUUAUAAUUAAUGAAUAGUGAAUUUUAUUAAAGUCAGUAGUAAUAAAGGCCAAAAUUGGCGACAAAUGUCUAAUUUUAAAAUUAAAUGUUUUUUUAAUACAAUUUUCUUCAAUUUUAAUUCAAACAAUGAUUUCAUUAAAUAAUCACGUUAUGCAGAAAACCCUUUUACCUCCAAAAGGAAACAUUUUAUAAUAAAAAAAUAUUUAUACACUAUACUAAAACUGGUCACACAAAUGCCACGAAGAAAGUAAAAAAUACGAAUUUUUCAUGUGCUAAAAAAUGUUGAAGUUGAAUAGACAAAUAUUUUAGCUUGUCACAUUCACUAUUUCGACAAUAAUCCAAUUGUUGCAUAUUUUUUCAAUGUGCUGAUCAUACAGAUUACAAAUUUUCCAAUAAUAUAGUUACACAUGUUUAUGUAUCCAUCAGAGAGCAAGAAAAAUUGUUUUGUGUAAUUUCUUGAUUUUUUUUUAUAUUUUUCUUCACUUCAAAACUUUGUUUAAUGUGUAUAUGUCAAAAUUAAAUUUACAAAUAUUGUUUGGUAAAUCCUCCUGGAAA